AUGAGUCUCAGUUCUUAUGAGAUUGAGUUACCCGUCAAUAAGGAGUCCCCUUAUUAAUAAUUAUAUAGAGGGAGACAUGAUAAUGACUUGAUUUAUAUGUUACACAUAUUUCCAAAGCAAACAUUAACUCCGUAAAUGUAGCAAUAGAUUUUUGAAAGGGCAGAAGAAUUCAAUUUUAUAUUUGAAAAACUGGAUUUUGAGGAUUUUAUUUUAAUAUCCUAUAAGGAUAGCACUUUGUGGACAAACUUGGAGUAAAAAGUUAAAACAGAAUCCCUCAAAUCCUUUUAUCUUAAAUUGUACUAAUCGUAUUCGAAACUUAAAGGAAUUGUAGAUUUCGAUUAAGAUUAUGUUUUUGUAUAAGAGGAUGAAGUUUUUAUCAUUGAUUAUGGUAUUAAUCAACAUGUAAUGAAAAAGCAUAAAGAUCUAGAAUAUACGACGAAAACUAAAUCUUAUCUUUUUGGUUAACUAAUUUUUAACUUGUUAAACAAUAGAGAUAUUAGCGACAGAUUAUUAUAGUGCACUGACCAAUAUCAAAUAGAUGCUAUUAUUCAUUAAGCAGCGGAAAAUUAAAAAAUUAAUAAUGAAGUUUUAGAAUGCUUAUUAAAACUGCUCAAAUUAGAUCCCAAUUAAAGACCGACUUUUGAAGAAGUUGGGUAAUGGAAAUUGUUCUAUUCCAAAAAAGAUUUUUCUAAAGUUACCUCAAGUGUACUUGAUUUCUCAAAUACGAAAAUUGGCACAUAAACCAAUCGUUAAAAUUAAACACAAAGAUCGGCCAGACCAUAAUCUUAUGAUUAGAAAAUUAUGAACUCGGCCCAUAAUUAAUCAGUCAAAGCUGCCAUCUAAAAAUAAAGAAGAUAGGCUCCAUCAACAAAUAAAGUAUGCUCUUCUUACGUAUUUGCAUCUUAAAUAAUCACUAAUAAUAUUAAAAAUAAAAAGUACUAAUCAAACAUAGCUAACCUUGCAACCCAAUAAUCAUUCUUCCAAUAAACUGGCUAACAUUUAUACACUUCCGAUAUGAAUUAAAUUUAAUAUCCAAAAACUCAAAAUCAGUUCUUUUCACAAUAGCCUGAUUAAUACUAGUAGACAUCUUAAAAGAGUUUUAAGGAAUAAAAUAAUACUAAUAAUUAAUCAUAACAAAAACAAAGGAUAGAAAAAAAGUCUCCGUUUUUAUUUGAUGGAUCUCAACCCCCUAUCAUAAGUAUUACAAAGCCUUAGAAUCCAUAACCUGUAAUUGGCUAAAACCGUAAUUUGAAUUAAGAAGCUAGCUUUUUUAAUACUAAUAGUUCAAUUCCCUCAAAUUAUACAUCUCCGAAAUAAAAUAUCUAUUAAAAUCAGAAUACAUAAUAACAAUAAUAAUAAUAAUAACAAUAACAAUAAUACUAAUAAUAGUAACAGUAAUAUUAAUAAUAGUAAUAAUAAUAAUAAUAAUAAUAAUUUAUAACCCACAUUCCUCAGAAAUAAACUUAAUUUCAAUAAUAAUAAUAAAAUUAAGUUAUAGAUGAUAAUCAAAGUUUUCAUUUUAAAUCACUUCCAUCAGAGGCGUCUAGUUAAAAUUAAAAAUAAUAAAAAGAUGAUAAAUAAUAACCAAAGUUAAAAACUCCCUUUUAAUUAGCCCAAAAUACUAAUGAAGAUGAUGUUGAUGAUAUUAAACUACAUCAAACUAAUAGUUUAAAUCCAAAUUAGAAUAAAAAUUAACCUUAAGGAAAUGAGAAAGAAAAAAAGUAAGAAUUUUUCAAAAAACCAUAGCAGGAUAAUAAAUUAACAUCAAAUUCAACAUUUUCCAAAAAGGAAGAAGAUCUAACUAAUAAUAUAAAGAAUUAAAAGGCUUAAUCCAUCAACGAUAUUGAAGAACCUCCAAUUAUAAGACCUAACAAAUCACUCCAACAAGAUGUUUCAAAACAAUAGAAACCCUCUGUUGAUACUAUUCAAAGUCCUAAAGUUAAUUAGGUAGAUCUAAACUAGACUUUUAAUGAAUAUGUAUAGAAGUAAAAUGUUAUGACUAAUAAGAUAUUAUUCGUAUUUAGCGAUUAUUUAAUACAUAACAAUUGCUGUGGCAGAUUUGAAUGAAAAACUGAGCAUUCAUGGACCAAUUUGGAUAGUACCAUUAUGCAUUAUUUUCAAAGUAAUUGCUUGAUUAAUUAAAUUUUAGAGAGCUUAUGAGAUUAGAAAAAUAACUGAAAAAGAUAUGGAAAAAUAAAAAAAUAUUUUUGAACUUAAAGAUUUUAUAAAAUUCAAAUCUUCGCCUCAAUACGCAUAAUUAUUAGAGAAUAUUGUAGAGUAGAACAAAGUAAUGGAAAAGGAGUUUUUAGAGAUGCUAGAGCUUGCUCAAAGGAGCAUGACGGCUAAAAAAAAAUUGGAUGAAAUUUCAUAAUAAAAAAUGGCAGCUCUUCUUAACCUAGAUAUCAAGAAAUCAAUAAAGGAUUAGGCUGAAAAAUAUCUAUAUACUCAAAUAUACCCAAGAGUUGUAUCAUCAAUUGGAAAAAUCAGAGCAAAUACAUUAGCAAAUAAUAAAUUUUCUGAAUUAGAUUGGGUUCAAACUAGAUUAUUGAGUUUGUAUUCAAUUUUAAUAAUGGAAUUAGAUUUUUACACAUUUGAAUCUCCUUUGUUUAAAGAAGCAGAUCUAAUAAAAUAUAGAAAAAUGUAAAAUGUUGAUGAAAUUGAUUAAAUUUGUAAUCAAAUAGAAAAUUAGAUCAGGGAACUUCCAAUAUUCAUAAAAUGA